AUGACGCUAUACUGUGGAGUAUGCACCCUUCCCGUCGAGUUCUGCGAAUUCGGAAAGACCCUCAAGAAGUGCAAGGCAUGGCUGCAGGAGGAAAACCCCUCGUUGUUUGAUGUCUUGUACAACUCAAACAACGAGUCGUCAUUGUCGUCAGAGACCGAGGCAAAGUUGUCGUCCUCGAUUGCAAAGAUGCAGCUCAAGGAGGAACGCAAACAGGAGAGAGAAUUGGAGAAUCUUAAAAACUCAAAGAUCCUCAUUAAGAGAAUCCCUAGGUCCAAACAUAAGAAUAUCUGUGCCAUUCAGAAUUUGGAAAUCUUGGGCAAUGACAUUGACUUGAAGAAAACGGCAAAGAAAUUUGCCUCUAAAUUUGCUACAGGUUCCAGUGUCUCAAAGAAUGCCGAAAAUAAGGAAGAAAUCGUCAUUCAAGGUGAUGUGGGCACCGAGGUGGAGAAGAUCAUCUUGGAGAUGAUGAAGGAGAGAGGAUUGGAAAUUAAAAUCGAACAUGUCACAGAGAGGUUUACAAACAAAAAGAGAUGA